AUAAAUUAUUGGUCCUGUUUCUUUUUGACCAUUUUUAUAGUUUCGCAAUUUGACAAAAUAACUCAACUCUAAACAAACGCACAUUACACAUAAAAUGAAGCUUCAACAUACUAUAUUAAAAAAAAAAUCUAAACAUCAGCAUUCAAAGUUUGAAUGCACUUCACAGACCCACAAAACGUAAUCCUUCCUCCAACAACACUCAAAACAUUCCAAAGGAACCUGCAACAACUUCACGGCACUUUCUCAAUGAUUUGAAAUAUUAGGGAUGCAACAGGCACUGCUGAAAUUAUCUCUAUAUAAACCAAUGCCAUCUUUGUGUUUUUAAUCACAAAACGGUUAUAUUGAUUAACUAACCAUGGCUUCUUUGGCUUCACACAAGUGCCUGUUGUUCUCUUUGGUGAUCUUGGGCAUUUGGGUUUCGGUCUCUACCGCGUCUCGUGAUCUGAGUGAAGCGUCCAUGGUUGACAGGCACGAGAAAUGGAUGGCUCAGCACGGGCGGGUCUACAAGGACGCAGCAGAAAAGUUGCACAGGUUCAAGAUAUUCAAGGCCAACGUUGAGUACAUUGAAGCGUUUAACUCUGCAGGAGUGCACAAGUACAAACUCGGAGCUAACCAGUUUGCCGAUCUGACAAACGAGGAGUUCAGGGCCUCCUAUAACGGGUUCAGGCCUUCGAAGUCAAAUGCAGCGAAGGCAGCAGACCGAAGCAGCUUCAAGUAUGAGAAUUUUACUGCAGCUCCGGCGAGCAUGGAUUGGAGGACCAAGGGUGCUGUAACCCCUAUCAAGAAUCAAGGCGAAUGCGGAUGCUGUUGGGCAUUCUCAGCAGUAGCAUCAACAGAAGGAAUCCACAAGCUGAGCACAGGCAAACUCAUCUCCCUCUCCGAACAAGAGCUUGUUGACUGCGACACCAGCGGCGAGGACCAAGGAUGCAACGGCGGCUUAAUGGACAACGCCUUUGAGUUCAUAAUGAAGAACAAAGGCCUGACAACCGAAGCCAAGUAUCCAUACACAGCCACCGAUGGCACCUGCAGUUCCAAAAAGGCUUCAACCAGCGCUGCGACCAUCACAGGCUACGAGGACGUGCCUGCCAACAAUGAGGCGUCACUCCUCAAAGCGGUGGCGAACCAGCCAGUGUCUGUUGCAAUUGACGCAGGGGAUUCAGACUUUCAACUGUACUCGAGCGGGGUGUUCACAGGGGAAUGCGGUACUGAAUUGGAUCACGGCGUUACUGCAGUUGGAUAUGGGAAGGCGAGUGAUGGGACGAAGUAUUGGUUGGUGAAGAACUCGUGGGGGACAUCGUGGGGAGAGAAGGGAUAUAUCAGGAUGGAGAGGGAUGUCGACGCUGAAGAAGGGCUUUGCGGGAUCGCAAUGCAGGCUUCAUAUCCAACUGCUUGA